CCUUGUAACAUCAAUUUUUUUUUUCUUCUUAGCUGAACUGCGGCAAGCCAUUGUGGCCAUGAUGAACAGGAAAAGAUGAAAACUCACUGAGCAGAACACGUCUCUGCGCAGUCUCCUGGAUGGAGAGAUGGAGCACUCUGCUGGGCUCAGACAGGAGGUGGACAGCUUGAAGAAGAGACUGACUGAACUAGAGGAGAGACAUGCAGCCAAAGUCCAAGCUCUCAUGAGGGAAAAUGAGGUUCUGAAGGUCCAGCUGAAGAAAUAUGUUGGAGCUGUCCAAAUGCUGAAAAGGGAAGGCAGCCAAGGCAAUGACGCAUUAACCAUUCAAAGGAAUUGUGACGGUCCCCCUCCAGCCCCGCAAAACCGGUCUGUGGCUGAUAUAGAGGAACUGGCUGCCAGCUAUGAGCGAAAACUCAUUGAGGUUGCUGAGAUGCACGGAGAGCUGAUAGAGUUUAACGAGAGGCUGUACCGCUCCCUCAUGGCCAAAGACAACCUGAUCGGACAGAUGAGACAGGAACUCAUCGACCUGCGUGGCCCGGUGCCAGGGGACCUGAGCCAGACCUCUGACGAUCCCAGCCUAUCUGACUUCGAGACAACUCAACGUGCGCUUGUCAACGUGUGGAUCCCCUCUGUGUUCCUUCAAGGUCGGGCUGCCAACGCCUAUCACGUAUAUCAGGUGUACAUUAGAAUCUUGGACAAUGAGUGGAAUGUGUACCGGCGCUAUGCUGAGUUUAGGGCACUGCACAAUUACCUGCGGCCGCAAUUCCCACAAGUCGACACAUUCAAUUUCCCACCUAAAAAAGCCAUCGGCAACAAGGAUGCAAAGUUUGUAGAGGAGAGGAGGAAACAACUGCAGUCAUACCUGCGUAUGGUGAUGAAUAAACUGAUCCAGGCACUCCCUGAAUUCACUGCCCAGCCCACAAAGGAAACUUUACUGCAGUUGCUGCCUUUCUGCCAGGACAACCCGACAGCUAAUGAGAGUGGUGCCAAAACUGCCCGAUCCAAAGCCUCCAGCCGCUUCCCCAGAUUAGGCCGCAACUCAGGCCGUGAAGCCCGGAACCCCGAACCCCAGAGCGGUGACCUUUAACCCCUGAGCGCAAUCCUCAGAACUCAUCAGUAUGGAUGUACCAAGCCAAGGACCUUCUCUUCUAUUAUGGAUGUACAUAGCGCCACUUUUGGAGACUAGCUGGGUCUAGAAAUGACGAACAAAUCAGCAAGAAAAUGUGGCGUGUAUCGGUUUAGUGGCAGAAGUUUCAGUUACUAUUGUGCCUAGUGAUUUAUAACAGAUGUUGUUUUUGGGAAAAGUCGGGAUGUCAUUUUGACUAACAGCAGUGACAUGAAACUUUUAUGAGACUGUGAUGAGAAUUGUGCGAUUGUCUGGAAAUAAUUUGCACAUCAUCUUAUUAUUUGACACAUGGGACUCAAUUUUAUCUUUCUGUCUGUAUACAUUGUGUUGCCACGCUCUGCUAUGUAUGAGGCACAAAGUUAGAUGUAAUUUUAUUAUGACUGCACUUAUAUAAUAGAUAUAUAAAACAAUCGCUUUUCAGUUCUGUCCUGUUCACAAUAAACCCGAAAAACAUAUUUCAGAUUUUAGAUGAAUGUCCGGUGAUGGUCAGAAUAUUAUGCGUUAGUCGGGUCUGUGCUCUCGCGCUCCAGAGCCCUUGU